AUGGCUAGUAUUAACUACCGCGGAAUCUGCAUUCAUGAAGACAUUGAGCGUCCUUUGAACGCUGUGAUGUCUAAGGAUCUUAGCACCGCGGUGAAGAUUGAGUUCCAUCUCACUGGCGAUGAGCUCUUGUAUGUGAUGUGGUUUGCAGGAGAUGAUGAGGUCUGUGAAGAGUACGUCAACGAAUUUGACCACCACUUGCUACGCGGGCAAUUCAUGACGGCUUUGACGGCUUUGUCUGAGCUUCCUUUCAAGUUUAUUAACCACGACAUGGAUGAUGUUGCCGAUGACGCCGAUGUCGAUGACGCCGGUGCUGGUGCCGAUGGUACCGAUGGUGCCGGUGCCGAUGGUGCCGAUGGUGAUACGAUCGAUGAUACGAUCGAUGAUGCGAUCGAUUUCCCUUCCGAUGCCGAUAGUUCGAUCAAUUUGGACGAUGCGUAG